AUGGGUAUUUGUUAGAGUAGAAGAAUACCUAUUAUAGGUAAUAUUGAAAUUCGUAAUUCUUCUGAAAUAAAUGAUUUGUAGAGAAAUAAUAUAGGUUAAGAAAAUUAAGAUAAAAAUGUAUAGUCUGGAACAAUUGCUUAAUCAAAAAGCUCUUCUCAAAAUUCAAUGGAAAAAUAAGAUGCAAAUAUUGAAUAAAAUAAUAAAUCAGUAAAGGAAUAGGAAUAAGAGUAUACUAAUUAAGAGUUUCAACGAGUGUCAGAUAUAAGUUAUAACUUAAAUCAUAUAUACUCGUCUGAACCUUUAAGAAAUGAAUUAAAUAAUAGGAAAGAUUUACCUAAUCUACCUUUGGAAAGUAAUUAAAAUUCAAAAAAUAAACCUGAAUCUGUAACAGAUACAAAAAAAAUAUUUUUGCAAAGCAAUGUCCGAGUUCUUACCUAAGAAGAAAAAAAUAAAUAACAUUGA